CCCACCUCUUGCGCCUCGCCCACCUCCGCCCGCCUCCCAUUCGCCAUGGAGCAGCAAUCCGCCGCGCCUCCCGCCGCGCGUGCCCUCGUCGAGUUUCUGCGCGCCUCCUCCACGGGGCCCAAGACGCGCGUCGGCCUCCUGGGCGGGCAGCGCCGCGAUCACUUCAAGGGCAGCGGCGCCGUCAAGGCACUGCUGGCGCCUGCCUACAAGAAGGCACAGGCCAAGAAGAAGAGCACGCUGCCGCCCAUUGCCGACGAGGAGCAGGCGGAACAGGCGCUGCACGCCGUCAUCCCUUAUGCCUUCUUCCUGCGCGUCGACCGCGCAGAGUCGGGCGGCAAGGAGCGCCACAUCCAGGUCAACCAGAUGCAGCUCUUCCGGCAGGACCUCUACUACGCCUGGUUCUACGACGGCUCGCAGCUGCUGCUGCAGCUCUCGGGCUUCGGCAUGAUUCUCCUCAUGCUAGCCGGCGUCAUGUUUCCGCUCUGGCCCGCCUCGCUGCGCGUCGGCGUGUGGUAUCUCUCCAUCGGCGUGCUGGGCCUCAUCGGUGCCUUUUUCGGCCUCGCCAUCCUCCGCCUCAUCUUCUACUGCAUCUCCCUCGUCGUGCUGCGCCCCGGCGUCUGGAUCUUUCCCAACUUGUUCGAGGAUGUUGGCUUUGUCGACUCGUUCAUCCCGCUCUGGGCAUGGGACAUUCCCGCGCCCAAGAAGAGCAAGAAGCCGCGUGCCGUCGAUGGCAGCGAGGCUCAGAGCACGGGACAAGCAGCCAUUGCAAACCUGCCCGGUCAAGCCGGUCCCGCAGAGGCAAACGUCUCGAGCGCGCCCGAGGCGGCGCCCUCUGCGCCGGCCGCUACGCCCAAGAAUCGCGGCAACGGCGGCGGCGGCGGCGGUGGCGCUGGCGGCGCGGCGGCAACUGCGUCGCAGCAGCAGCAGACGCCGGCGCGUCGGAUUGAGCGGCCCAGUGAAAACCUGAGUGCUCUCGACUGAUGUGAGAUGCAAAGGCCGCUGUAGAAGGGGGCAAGAGGGGGGCAGCUUUACGCGCGUCGCACAACAACAACACACACAUCAAUGAACGAGUCGAUUGAA